UGUUCGCUACAGCUCAUCUCAGGCAUGGGUGAGCCUGGAGCAAGGCGCUCGCCACCGCGGCGACCGCGGCGAAGGGGCCAUCGGAACUUCGGUGAAUGCGUCCUUCCGACGUGAGCGAGACUUGGCGCGUACUAUCUGCCAGCCGACCGGCUCAACCCACACCGGCAUAUAAGGUACAGCAGCAUAUAGUGACUGUAGAAGGACCUCCAAAUGCGCAUUUUGCUUUCGUGCGAGGCGUGGCUUUCCUCAACGGCUGCCAUCCUGGGCGGGUCUCGGUCGGUUCAACGUUUCCAGGGCUCAAGCCGCUCGUUCUUUCCCUCCAUCGUUCCAUCUCCUGUAUGUUGAAUCCUCAUGAAGUCUAAGCUGAAUUUCUUUCGCGUCCAUCUCCUCCUCUUCAUACUGAUGCCCUUCGUUCUGGCCUCAAUAUUCUAUGCGUCCAAUGGAAGGUACAAGAUCAAGUUCAUAGAUGCGCUUUUUGUCUGUGUCAGUGCUGCCACGGGGACGGGCCUCGUCACUUUCGACCUGAGUAGCACAACGGCGUGGCAGCAGGCUAUCCUUGUAAUGCUAGAACUCUUCGGCAAUCAAGUAUUCGUGUCAUGGGUCGUUGUCCUGGUCAGGAGGCUGUACUUCCUCGAGCAUCUGGGCCACAUUGUCGCUGCUGAGCAGGAGAGGGAUUCGACGCAACGUGAUUCAACGAGCAUGGAUGCGAGGCCAACACUAAAUGCAUUCCUGCACAAUGGUCUGCGGGAGCUAGGGGCACGCCGACUAUCUCAGCGAACUCAACGAUCAAUUUCUCCUGCUAAACGACCGAAGGUGGCCGCACAUAGCGUUUCGAACAAGUUGCAUGCCGGGAUGAUCCGCCGUGUCGAUGUCGCUCCCCAUCGCAUCGACCCGCUGGGUCGACGUACGACUUCGUCGGAUGGUGAUUGCAGCUCUAACUAUGAGGCCCCACGAGAGUCCAGCGCCAACUCUCUGCAUUCGCUCCAACUGAGCAACAGGCGGAUGAGUCUCGCUCAGCAGCUCUCUCCUGUGCCUGAAGAGGGUGACUACUUCGGCGGAUUUCCUGGACCGUUCGAAAUGGUGUCGCGAGCUGUGCGUUUCGCAUUCCCGCGGCUUCAUCGCAGGCUCUGGACGAGUGUAACUAUGCCAAGAACGGAGACCUUGAUCCCUCGUAAUGCCGGACAAAAUGCACGCGGUGCUCCUGGCCCACCGACGCGCGUAGUGCCGUAUCUGUCUUUUCGGGCGAUCGUCGGUAGGAAUUCAGCGUUCCGCAAUUUGACUGCAUACGAGAUCGAAGAGCUCGGAGGAAUCGAAUACCGUGCGCUGAGCGCCCUUCUGUGGAUCGUGCCGUUGUACUAUUUCGGAUUACUCGCGAUCUCAUUUACAGUGAUCGCCCCAUAUAUGUGUAUGCCACGUUGGCGACUUUGGUUCUUGCCUUUCGAACAGCAUCGCAAGAUCAACCCAAUCUGGUUCUCCGCUUUCCAAGUGGUAGGAGCAUGGGCAAACACGGGCAUGUCUCUAGUCGAUCAGAACAUGACACCUUUCCGUACUGCAUAUCCAAUGAUCAUCUUUCUUGUCAUUUGCGUCCUCGCCGGUAAUACAUUCUUUCCCAUUUUUUUGCGCAUUUUGAUUUGGAUCCUCAUGACAUUCUUACCGCAUCAGUCUCGCACAAAGGAAACCCUGCAAUUCCUUCUAGACCACCCGCGUCGCUGUUUCAUAUACCUGUUUCCUUCCAAUCAGACUCGGCUGCUUUUCGCCAUGCAAUUCACCAUGGACUCGUUAGCGUGGUCGUUUGACCUCCUGCUCAAUGUAGGCGAUCCUGCAUUCGACGGAAUUCCAGUUGGUGUCCGGGUAAUCAACGCCGUCCUCGCUGCCGCAGGCGUGCGAAAUGCAGGCUUUCAAUCCAUUGCUGUUUCGACAUUCGUCCCCGCCGUCCAGGUGCUAUACGUUAUCCUGAUGUAUAUCGCCCUUUUUCCUAUAGUCCUCAGUGUUCGCUCUACCAACGUCUAUGAGGAACGAUCCCUGGGUAUCUACCGAUCGAAAGACGAGGAACAGGAAUCUGAUUAUCUGGAUCGCCCGCUUAUGGGCGUGGAGUCCCGCGUGGCCAUCUGGGGAAAGUAUCUAGCCCGCCAUGCUCGCAGGCAACUGUCAAUUGAUAUGUGGUGGCUGGCGUUGUCGUUGUUUGUACUCUGCAUAAUCGAGCGAGAACCGUUGAUGAAUACGAGCGACUCAUCGUGGUUCAAUAUCUUUGCAUUGAUUUUUGAGCUAGUCUCUGCCUUCGGAACAGUUGGUCUUUCUCUCGGCAUUCCCAACGAGAAUUACUGCUUCUCAGGAGCCCUCCAUACACCGUCUAAGCUUAUCCUGUGCGCGGUUAUGAUCCGUGGCAGACAUCGUAGUUUGCCUGUCGCGCUAGACCGGUCUAUACUACUGCCGCGCGAGUUUCUGAGGCAAGAGACUCCUCCACUGGACGAGGACGGCGGAAAAGAAGGAGAACAAAGUAUCGAGGAUGGACAGCAUGGAGAUGCCGAGACAGAGAAGCAGGCGGGAAAGCCUGAUUCAGUGGAAGAUGUCCAAACAGACGAGACAAUGUACGCGACGAGGCCGUGCUUGCGGAUCGCAGUGUGAGAUCCCGGAUACACGAGAGCGUUCUCACAUUCAGUACGCGAAUCAUGUUGUUUUGGUUUAAUGCAUAGUACAUUCGCGUAGGAUCUCAGGCUCUGUAGGCUCCAUCGAUGACACAAAUGACUGCAUACUUUUGUCGCGUUUCUAUCUGGACGACUCUGCUGCUGUUUUCAUUUCCCUCUAGUACGAGGCAUUGAAUUCCCUC